AUGGCGCUGGAUGUGGAACCAGUCGUUCUGACUGGCUUGGGCUCCGCUUGGUUUUGCAAUGAGGAGAUUCGGGAACGAUUGUCGAUGGAGGCACCCACUGCCUUGGUUGUUCCGGCUUCGGGAGAUAGGACUGUGGCGGUGUCUCAAGAGACAGCUGUUAUGAAUGACAUGUUCCUCAUUCCCAUCAUCAUCCAGAUGAAAGCAGCUAAAUCCUUGAAAAUUCCGAGCCUCGAAGACCUCGCUUCGGAGUUAGAGGGCAUAUGGGUGAAGUUGUACGAGGCUUCACAGAAAAAGGCGUCAAGAGGCAGAUUUCCGAAAAUGCCGUGCGACUUCAAAUUGCCCGAUCACGUGCAAGCACUUUGCAUCAGUGAUGCCAAGAACCUUAAAAGCCUUUUGUCAAUGGUGAAGAAGCAAUUCCAGAGUGAGAGAAUUGCUCGAGAUGCAGACUACCGACGGCUGGUCGCAAGUUUCGGCGACAAGGCUGGCUAUCCCGAGUUGGUGGGUGCAAGUGCCCAUGCUGAGACUGAGAAUGAGAAGCCUGAGAAAAGCGAGCCUAAGCCGCCCAGCCAGACAGCUGCCAAAACGUUCCCGAAGCCCAAGAAGACUCACGAGUUCGGCACCAAUGAUGAUGAAGAUGAUUGUUUAAUCGUGCCUAGCGCCUCGGGUGAUACUUUGGCAAAGAUGGGAAAACGUGCCCAGCUAGCAGCCAAGAUCGAGCGGUUGUAG